CUCGCGCAUGCGCGCGCUGCGCAAACCAUUUGGCGGGUUUUUCUUUGCUGAUCUAUUCUGUUCCCGUCAUUGAGAUGCUCAGCGGUAGCUUUUAGGAACCAGGACGUUCUCCCAGGGGAGCGACUUCCCGAGAUUUCUGCUCCCGUCCUUCGGGCGUUUGGGGGCUUCCUCCACACUAAAAAAAAAAAGUGUUUCUCCGUGACUGACGGCUGGGCCUUCUGGUCGCUUGAGGUCUUGGGCCAUUUGGUCACCUUCUGUCUUGGUCCCCCGGAGGUUGCAAAGAUCAGAGGGACCUCGUCGUGCUCAUCGAUCUCCACUCCCGUGAUUUCUUGGACUCGGGUUGGAGCUGGCUGGGCCCGGCCCCCAACUGGGUCGCCAUGGCCGUGUCGGCCCAGCGCCUGCUGGAGGAGUUGCAGAUCUUCGGCCAGGACUGCGAGGAGGAGCUCAUCGAGAAAUUGUUAGAGCUGUGCGUCUACUAUGGACAGAAAGAGGAGGAGAUGGUGGAUGAGCUGAUUGCCUUCUGCACCAGCACACAUAAAGCUAACAUUACCUCAGAGACCCUGAACUCUUUUGAGCAUGAGUUUCUGAGCAAAAGAUUGUCCAAAGCCCGGCACAGUGCCUCCAAGGACAGUGGCCAUGCGGGAGCAAGAGACAUCGUUUCCAUACAAGAGCUAAUUGAAGUGGAGGAAGAAGAGGAGACCCUCUUGAACUCUUAUACCACACCCUCUAAGGGUUCUCAGAAGCGAGCUGUCAUCACCCCAGAAUCCUCCCUAACAAAAAGGAGGGUGUCUGCUCGGAGCCCCCACCAGCUCCUCUCACCGUCGAGCUUCUCUCCGAGUGCUACUCCUUCUCAGAAGUACAACUCGAGAAAUAACCGGGGAGAAGUGGUCACCUCCUUUGGCUCGGCACAGGGAAUGUCGUGGUCCGGGAGAGGAGGAGCCGGCAACAUCAGCUUGAAGGUCGUGGGGUGUCCAGAGUCCCUCACCGGGAGCUACAAAUCGAUGUUUCAGAAGCUCCCAGACAUUCGAGAAGUUCUGACCUGUAGGAUAGAAGAACUUGGCAGUGAACUCAAGGAACAUUACAAGAUUGAGGCUUUCACUCCUGUUCUAGCCCCAGCACAAGAGCCUGUCAUUCUGCUGGGCCAGAUUGGCUGUGACAGCAACGGGAAGCUGAACAGUAAGUCAGUGAUUCUUGAGGGGGACCGGGAACAUUCCUCAGGCGCUCAAAUUCCAGUGGAUUUAUCUGAACUCAAAGAAUAUUCUCUGUUUCCUGGACAGGUUGUAAUAAUGGAAGGAAUCAACACGACUGGUAGAAAACUUGUGGCCACCAAACUCUACGAGGGUGUGCCACUUCCAUUCCUUCAGCCCACCGAAGAGGAUAGAGAUUUUGAGCAAAGCAUGGUGCUGGUGGCCUGUGGGCCAUACACCACAUCUGACAGCAUCACGUAUGAGCCCCUGCUUGACCUGAUCGCAAUCAUCAACCGCGACCGGCCGGACGUCUGCGUCCUGUUUGGACCUUUCCUGGAUGCUAAGCAUGAGCAGGUGGAGAGCUGUCUCCUGACGAGUCCGUUUGAAGAUGUUUUCAAGCAAUGUCUACGCACAAUCAUCGAAGGGACACGAAGCUCCGGCUCCCACCUCGUCUUUGUCCCCUCACUGAGAGAUGUGCACCACGAGCCCGUGUACCCACAGCCACCUUUCAGCUACUCUGAGCUGCCUCAAGAGGACAAAAAGCGAGUCCACUUCCUGUCCGAGCCCUGCAGCUUCUCCAUAAACGGCGUGAUCUUUGGCUUGACAUCCACAGACGUUCUGUUCCACAUGGGGGCCGAGGAGAUCAGUAGUUCUUCCGGAACGUCUGACAGAUUCAGCCGGAUCCUCAAGCACAUCCUGACCCAGAGAAGCUACUACCCGCUCUACCCUCCCCAGGAGGACAUGGCCAUCGACUACGAGAAUUUCUACGCCUACGCCCAGCUGCCUGUCACCCCAGAUGUCUUCAUAAUCCCGUCAGAGCUGAGAUACUUUGUGAAGGACAUCCUCGGCUGUGUCUGUGUGAACCCCGGGCGCCUCACCAAAGGGCAGGUGGGGGGCACCUUUGGCCGACUCUACCUCAGGAGGCAGACUGCGGAGGGCGAGGGGAGGCGGAGCCCCUGUGUGGCUGCUCAGGUGGUCCGGAUCUGAGGAUCCGGUCCUUUAUCGCCCCCCACUGCAAGGGCCCCCGCAGACGUCCGACUGCCCCGGCGUAGGUCUCUGACAAGAUCCCAACUGUUGGAAGGUGAAGGAGAGGAGGCAGCCAGCUGGGGAAGAGGCCGCGGGGAGGGGGCCCAGCAGGGAAGGCCUCGUGCAGCUGGACCCCAACUCGGAGUUGAGCUUUUCUGGAAGAAAGCUCUUGUUUUUUCAUGGAGACGCGGAGUCCAGGGCGAACUGGCUGUGGAUGCAGCAUGCUCAGAAAAGGCAAGAAGGCCUCAUGAUUUUUUACAUGAAUCAGACACAGAAACAACUUUUGGAGAAAUAAAAAUAAAUUCUGAGUGUAA